UAGAGCAUCUCGACUUGAGUUACAACGCGCAGUCGUUCGGGGAGGCAAGAAUCAAGUACGGGAGGUGUAGUUCCUUCCAAUCGGGGACUUCCGCAGCGGACCACCACGGGUUCGCGAUCGCGGACUUGAAACUCACCAACGGCUUUGACGCGGGCGACAUGGCGCACGCGGCCGUUGUGUUUAACCGGAAGGCGCACAGCUCGCGCACGCAGAUGAUCCUUUCCGGGCCGUCGCACCCGGACGAAGAUAUCUCGCACAUUCUGGACACGAGAUUCGUGUCCGGGAAAACACAACUGCAGGAGAUGAUCUACAAGGCAGAAACAGAAGUGCCGGGGACCAGCGCUGGGGAACCAACUAGCUCGAAGGAAGAAAAUGGAACAACGGGCGAUGGUACUUCGUCAACAAGUAGUGGAGCGGGAGGCGGAGCUGCGUCUUCUGCAGGAGCUUCUCUCGAAAAGCAAAACCAAUACCUCGACACGUAUUCCCCGCUCUCCCUUUUCGUCGAGGGCCUGGCGGAGAACAAUACGCUACUUUCCUUGGAUUUAGCGCACUCCGGUUUCGACGCGAAGACCGCC